ACCGCGAGGUUUCGCCCAGGCCGGUGCGGCUCCAAACGCGAACAACAACAGCCGGAGCGGUUGCUUUCGCCUUUCUGCGGGGGGUGAAACGCAGAAAGCUGCAUCAGCAUUGGCCGAGGCGAUCGAACGGGGAUUGACACUUUGCUGAAUGUGAAUUUUAAAGUGUGGCUUUUAGGGUGCGCCUGCCUCGGUAUCCGUAUCGCCGUAAAUCAGCAGUGCUCGGACCGGAAGUCAGUUGGAACUUAAAACAUAAUUAAAUAAGUGUUGUGUGCCGCUUUGGCUCGGAGCAAAAGUGAAAACCGGAACACGGGACGUGCGGGCGUUAGAAUGAAGUAACGGGGGUGAAUCGUUCAAGUGUACUGAUGCAUUUCGACGCUUUUGACAGGCCAUUGCGGCACGACGAGGGCUGAGGGCUGAAAACUCUGCGAGGAGAAACUCAAUCAACUGAGGAUGAUUGCAAAGUUUUCAUUAUCCUAAUGGAUUGAUUUGGUGAAAAAAAGGGGCUCGGCGUCUCCAACGGAUGGAUGAUGAUGUGAGUUAUGAAGCCGGUGCAGAAAGUGAAACGAGUUUUUGAUAAUGAUAGUGAUAAAGUUGGCUACCUCGGUAUAAGACAGGUGGGACUUUCCCAUUUCUCAGCAUAGAAGGACCCCGUCAUUUGCUGGCUUUUUCUGCCUCGAUUCAAAGUGCUUCAACUUGGUCGGUAGUGAACACUUGGAGAUAUCACCUGCAAAGUUGUUUCAUUAGGAGUUAGUUAUGAUCAUGUUUGCUCUGUUCGGUUUUUUGGAAAAACGUGACAGCUAAUGCCUGUUUAAAGAGAAAAUUUCAGAGAAAGUAAUGCUUCGGUAGAAACACGAUAUCAACUAGCGCGAGCUUGAAUACCUUCGGGAACGCACCAUGCUAUGGGUAUGAACAUGUUCAACCGGAACGAUGACAGUUCUACAGUUGGAUCGCGAUCGCGCUAUGGCUACUACUAUUCGACGCCAUCGCCAUCAUCAUCGAUGGAAAACCAAAGGUACAAUGAACAGACGAGCCUUUUUGGGGAUCCGGUUUUGCCGGCCAGUCGGCAUUCGGACCUGCUGGAAGGUGGUGACCUGUACCAGAACCUCAAGAAUAACAUUGAGCUGUACCACUCGAAGUUGUACAAUGAACAGGAAAAGGCACGACAAGCGGAGCGGGAUCAACUGUUCAACCAAUUUGCCGUGGGCAACCAGCAACGGAUGACAUCGUCUGCUACAAGCAGCAGUAUCAGGAAUUCACUUGGCAGCACAACCACGAAUCUGGCCAGCGAUGCGAUUCGUAGGUUCCCGCGAACACAGUCGGCCAGCAUUGGUACGGAGUUUAGUGAGAACAGGCCACCGCUGCUAGAUAUGGAUCUGCUAAAGCAAAAUGACUGGAUUAACUACUCGGAGUAUGAGUAUCAAAAUAGUCUGAUUCCUAAGAACAGCCAAACGGUGGCGGACGUCCAACAGUUCGCGAACAACAAUCUCAACCGAACGAUCGAGAAUGGUGUCUUCCAGAAUCCGCGUAUUGCAGCCCUACGUUCGCGGCGUAACUCGAUGAGUGACAAUUUGUACGCAGUGUCGACAUUCAGCGGUUAUGAGUCUCUAGAUAACGUGAAACCGUCUACUUUUACCAUCCUGGGCCACGGUGCACAGAAAGAGUACUACAGCAGUUGUGCAACGACCAGUCGUUUGAAGCCAGAUCCUUCGACCUACAGUGAAAACAUGAGCGAGUAUGAGCGGAUGCUCCGGUACAACAAGUUCGAUGCUACGACGCCUAUAAUCACAGACAAAAUUGCCACCGGCUCCCAUUUCAGAGUAUCUGAAGCACGCCAACAUAAAAAACCCGCAUUUACCAUAAUAAACGAAACCCUACCGAAGUCACGUUCGUUCGACUGUUCUACCAGCCCAAUCAACCCGCACUUAAGCAGCAAGCAGCAGAUCGCGAUGAAUCGGAUUCUCUCCGCCAGCUCCCUGGGAAACAGUGGCUUCUACAACCGCACAGGCAGCCGCUUUCCGGAUAUCGAAAUCGAUGAUAACCUCCUGGACUAUCGGCGUCAGUCUAGUACCUCAGCAAUUUCAUUGCAUUCGCCUAGUCGACGGAAAAAGUCCAUAUCGAAGAAGGGCACCAAAAAGGGCAAAAAAUCGAGGAAAACCAAUGCAGGUGCGGAUGUGGAUGCGGAAGCAGAUGUGGAUGUGAUUCCGAUUGUCAACCCCAGCCGAAAGCAGAAAGGCAUCCUAGGAGUGUUCAACAAGGCAAGCCUAUUGCAGCGACGUGCCCGAAGUGCCAAACUAACCGUCACUGCAGCGUCUGAUGAUGGGCGUUCCUCGAUAACGCCGGAGAGUGAACUGAACGACAGAGUUGAGAUUCCGGAGCAUUUGAUGCGCAAUAUGAAGCUUCUAUCGUACAAACCAUUCAGAAGGCGGGUCAUGCUUUCCCCGGUGCCGGACAAAAGCUCGAUGGAAAAUUCACAAAUUGAUUUAGAGGAACAAACUCCGACUAAGCAAAAGCAGCAGUCGCCUAAAAAGGAAAAAGGACAGCAUCUUCGAACUCCCAUUUUCAACAUAAGAGGUUUGCUGUCGCCUCGAAAAUCCAAGGAAAGAGAAGCUUCUCCGGUAAAAAACGAAAAGGGCAGUGGAGGACUGGGAGCGAUAGCAGCUGCGGGAGCGUUGGCCGUAGUCGCAGCCGCCGCUGGAGAUGAUGGGAAGAAGGAGGAACCACCAAAGCCAAAACGAAAGUUCAACUUAGCUAGGGCCAUUAUUGAUUUCGGCAAAAAAAACGACGAUGAGGAACCGAAGAAGGACCAUCAACAGCACCAGCAACAGCAACAGCAACAGCAACAGCAACAGCAACAACAACAACAACAACACCAGCAACAACAACAACACUAUCAACAAAAUCAACCUCAUCAGCAACCAAAGGCUGCUUUUAGCGUAAAAAGAGAUGCCAUUCGGAAGGACUCCGAAGGUAACCGUGUGAAAGAAGACAAAAAGAAGGGAAAAACGAAAGCUGGCACCAAAAAAGGGGCAAAGGUAAGCGCUGAUGGGUACCACGAAGAUCAAAAACCCAGAAGAGGGAUGUUGAAAAACCUGACAUCGAGUUUUGGUCAGAAGGGCGCGAGUAGCAAAAAAGGAACCGAAAAGGCAUCGGGCAAAAAGGGAACCGAAAAGUUGGAUCGGGUUGGUAGUGGUAAGCGACGGGAUAAAAGUGCCCGAGUUAGCAGUAGCCGCACUGGAACGCGUAUGAGCAGUGGCAAAGCGUCGGCUUCGAAAGUGUCGCGGGUUGGUGAGAAAUCUGCGAAAGCGGGAAGCAGAACGCCCCAAAAGAUGGUCGUUAGUCCUAAGGGAAGACCACCACCGCUAAGAAGAAGCAGUUCCGCAAGUGCCUUAAAAGUAGAUAGUGUGAAAAAAAUGAAUAGAUUGUACGAGAAGAACGUCAAAGCAACCGACCGGGGGGCGAAAAUACUGAAAGGAGACAAGAAGAAUCGACAAUCAACGGAGAAUCUGUUGAAGAAGACAGACAGUAAAGGAGAGUUAAAGCAAAAGACUGGCAACGUAUCUGCUACUGCAAAGGAGAUUCAAAAGCGUGACUCGGAAAAAUCAUUGAAGAAAAGUGACAGUAACAAGUCGCUGGGAAAGUUGAGUAAAAAGAGUGAUUCUAAAAGCUCACUGCUUGGAAAGAGAUCCGAUUCUAAAUCUAGUUUGCAUCAUCAGACGGAGGCUAAAGGAACUGCGGCAAUGAUGACUGCUGAUACCCCUGAUAGUGCCAGCGGGGGGCGUGGUGAAACGAUACAGACCCCGCCAAUCCUGAAGAAGGACGUGACUCCUGCCAAAGCUAGAAUGACUCCGAAAAAAAUUCUCCAAAGCAAAGGAUCUCUACUUAGUCUACUGAGUAUGCGAAGUGGAAGUAGUCGUAAUGUGGCUGAAGUGGAAAAAGGGGACGGUUCCAAAAGUGGUUCUCGACCUGGAACUGGCAAAGCUAUUGGGCGGAUGAAAUCGGCUUCAGUUAGAAAUUUAAACGAGAAACCGGGCACCCCGAAGGACAGUGACCCCGAGCUGGGAUCUCGUAUUAGCAUGCGUGAUAAACCGGGCAGCACAAAAACAACCAGACGUGGUCUGAGCAAAAACAACAGCCUCAUUUCAAUGAAGAGUGUAGCGUUGGCUCGCUCGUUCACCAGCAUUCAUCGGCCGGCUUCGAGGGAUAACAACGAGCUAUCCAAAACGGAUUCGACGCCGCAAAUGGCCAAAGUCCAGGAAGGUUCCCAAGAGCUGGACGACGGCGAUGAGGAGGCUUUGGCGGCCGGCCGCCGCCGUAAUGCGUUGACAACCUCGUCGGCGACCCAUGAAAUGAAAGUUGCCGGCGAUGGGGAAGGCCACAAGGUGUCCAACGAGUAUAACGAGCAGGGUGCCAAUCUAGCAAGUGCCAAUGCCGGCUCGAUGAUGGCGCAUGACCAUCACCACGGGGCGGAUCAAAGUGACGAAUUCAACGAGACUGGAAAAUCGAAAUGUUGUGCCUGCUGUGCGCCUUGUUGGACCAAGACGUGCCUGCCGUUUAGGCGCUGCUUCGGUUGUAGCGGUUGUUGCGGAAAAAGCAAAACUGCUGGACAGGAAAACGGACAGCAGAAGCAGCAGUCUAAACCGAAAAAAGCGGAUGCGAAAACGAAAGCCUCUUGCUGGCAGGGAUUGAACUGUUGCCGAAGUUGUCGUCGCUCGAAAACAUCUCCGGCGGAGGCACAACCGGCAGCCACACCGAAGAAGUCCUGCUGGCAGUCACUGAGCUGCUGCGCCGGUUGUCGGCGGAACAAGUCACGGGAACUGGUGCCCCGAUCGUCGAUUGAUAGCGAACCGGAAGAGAAGUGCGCCCGAUGUCGAUCCUGCUGGCGGAAGCUGCUGUGCUGUAGUCGUUUCCGGAAGGAUCAACAGCAAAGAAGCAAAAUGCAGUCCGAACCGGUCGAGAUGGAAACGGUCAAGUGCUGCUUCUGCUUUAAACGAACGCGGCCGAAGCUGAAGCGGAAGCACGAGAAAAAGAAGGUCCCGGUUAAAUCGAGCUUUAACUGUAUGAGUUGCUGUAUCAUGUGCUGUCCGAAGAAGAGUGAUAACAAUAGUCGGAGGACCAGUAAUUUCAGCAAAAAGCAAAGUAUUGCUCCCACUAUACCUCCGGAGGACCUGCGUCCAAAAAUUGACAUGACGCUGGUGGAGCACUCUUCCAUGAUGCGUGGUGCGAUACCGGUGCUGCCGAUCUGUUUGGCCUAUUUUUGUUUGUUUCUCAACGUUGUGAUACCGGGCUCGGGGACGAUUCUGUCCGGUGGGUUUUGUUUGUGUAUCGGUAAGCCGCGUUUUUCGCAGCACGAUUCCAUUAAGGGUCGCAUCGGUUCCUUCAUCAUUAACUGCAUUGUGGGCGUGUCGCAGUGUUUCACCAUUAUUUUCUGCGUGGUGGGUUGGGGAUGGGCCAUUUGGUGGGGCACCAUUAUGGUACGGCUAGCCAAACAACAUCAGAAGAUCCUGGAGAUGGAAGCCAACCAGCAGGAGGGAGAAGAGCAGACAACGCUAUCCCAGCGAACGGGUGCUUCCAAUCCACCGGUCGCCAUGGUAUCCCAGAGCAACCGGCGAGAUGUUGAAACGGGACGAUAGGCUGGUCUCGCUGUUCUUUGAUUUAAACUUUGUUCACAACAAACAACACUACUCAAAUUACUACAAACAAAGAACUUCACUCUUCGGCACAACCAAACAGUACCAGUUCCACUAAUACUGCUGGUCAAUAUACUACGACAACUCGUGGCGACCAUCCUAUAGGCUUAUCCGUUUUUAAAACCGAGAUCGUUUUUUGUAGUAACACUUUUGCAGAUUGAUCGAACCGAAACCCCUGUACGGAAGCAGAGCUUCGAGUCGUUUUUACUAUGUACUCCUUUCUGAACAUAUAUAUGUACUAUAUCUGUUGAUACUAAUCCAACCGAGACGAGUGCAACCGGAAACAUUGCAAGGGAAAAAUAAAGUUAUGUCUUUUCACAUUUUACAUAUUA